AUGUUUACUACUGACAUGAACAAAACAAUUAUCAUUCCUCUGUCUGUCUGUCUGUCACUACAAUUCCUCCCACUUCUUUCUCUCCCUCUCCCACCUUCUUUCCCUCUCUGUAUCUCGCUUUCUCUCCUUCCCUAUCACACUCAUUUUACCGCACUUCGUCAGCAUCCGAUCUCUCUUUCUCCUUUUCUUUCUUUCUUUCUUUCUUUCUUUCUUUCUUUCUUUCUUUCUUUCUUUCUUUCUUUCCCUGAAGAUUUUAAUAUAAUUCUUCAGACUUUCUUUACUUCUUUCAAUCUAUCCCUCACUAUCGCUCUCUCUGUCAUUCGCUAUUGCCAUACUCCUUCAGUUAAUCUCAAUCUCUCACUCUCUCUUUCUCUUUUUCUCUCUCUGUCUUUACAAUAUAAUGCUCAGAUUUCUCUAUUUCUCUUUCUAUCACGCACUUGCUUUUCACCAUAUUCCCUCAGCCUUUUGAAUAUGCUUAUUCAGCCGUUCUUUAUCCCUUUUUUGUCUAACAACACCAAUCUAUCUCCCCUCCCUCUAUGCCCUUCUCUCUCCCCCAUCUCUCUCUCUCUCUCUUCCCUCUCUCCCCUCUCUCACUCCUUACUUACACACUGCAUGCCUUGA